UUGAAGCUAGGUCCCACAGGGCCUAGCAUGGGCCACUAUGAAUCCACCUGCAGUCAAGGCAACAACUCGUGCCUCUGGAUACCAUCAGAAGGCACUAGCUGAGAUUCGCAAUUCAUUGCUUCCAUUUGCUAACCAAACUGGAAGCCUAGGAGAAAUUGGUUCUAGUGCUGCUAGCACAAUAUCAACACUUUCUACAACUAGUGGUGUAAGUUCUGCUUCUGGUCUCAGUGGCCUAUCUGGUGCAUCUGGAUCAAUAGCAGAAAAAUCUGAUCAACGCCAAGCAUUAGCACAACUUGUAGGAAUGGGUUAUACAGAGGAGCUGAGCCUACGGGCCUUAAAAAUGACAGGCUGGCGGCCGGACGCAGCAUGUGAAUACCUAAAGCAGGCAUCGAGUCACGAUGCAGGUGCACCAACAUCGAACCUCAAUGGACUGAGCAAGCUAAACACAAAACUCAUUCGCAAGCCAAGUCUAGAGCGUGAAUUAUCAUUGCAACGAGGUUCACCAGCAUUGGAUAGCGGCGCAGGCAGCUCGCGGUCAGAUAGCCCAAGGUUACCGGCGGAGCCGGGUCUUAGUCCGCACCAUCAGCAACUCAGUCGCCAGUAUUCGCCUUCAAGUUUUGUCGAACGUGAACCUCCGCCGCCACCUCCCCCAAGAUGUAGUUCAACUCCACCGCCACCACCUCCGCCGCACGCGCCGUACACGUCGCCGAACGUACCUACGAAGAUGCAGGAGAUGUUAAAACGGAUGUCACCUGCACCUGUAGUACCCAGUAGAGCGCCUUUGGCCGCGCCUGGCAGUGGUGGCUCGAUUUCAGGAACAGUUAACGGGGUACAGAGAGGUACGAGUCCGGUGUCAACUAACAGUGCCAGUUCUGGAGGUAGACAACCGAUGAUUGUUCAAAAUGGACCACAGGUUCAACAACAGCUUUCACAGCAAAUGCAAGCUCUAAGCAUCUACCAAUCAAACAACUCAUCGUCGAAUCAAGUGGAACCACCGCCACCGUAUCCUAUAGUCUCGUCUUCCGCGCCGGGUGUAGUGCAGCCGCCGUCGUACAGCGCCUCCAUGCAGAACCGACAAAGUCCCACGCAAUCUCAGCAAGAUUACCGUAAGAGCCCAUCGUCGGGCAUCUAUUCGGGACCAACAUCGGCAGGUUCGCCAAGUCCCAUAACGGUGUCGACUAUGUCGCCGAGCAAUCACAAUCAGUCGCAAUCGAUGGCUCGCCCAACUCCUCUGCAAGCUUGGGGUGCUCGCCAAGCAAAAACUCAACCGCCUAUCAUAAUGCAGUCGGUGAAGAGUACUCAAGUGCAGAAACCAGUGCUGCAGACAGCAAUAGCCCCCACUGCGCCUCAACCUAUUUCCACGACAAGCAGUACACCACCACCUCCGCCGAGCUACGCAUCCUCGAUACAGCAGAAACAACAGCAGCAAGCUCAACAACAACAGCAGACGCAACAGCAGGUGCAACAACAGCAACCACCUCCGCCAGCAUAUCCACCGGUGGUAGGGAACAAUAGCUCGAAUUGUGCCUCCAGUACUUCACCAUUGAAUAUGGGAGUAUCGGUUGGAGUACCUACCACUGAACCACCAAGUUAUGCUACUACGAUGCAAGCACUCGCCGCACAAAGGGGCAUGCAUCAUCCAAUACCACCGCCACCAUAUGGUUCUACACCUACCAGUGAUGAUUCUUGUAUCGGCAUGGGUUCAUCAAUGGAAAGUGGUUCGGCAUCUCGUUCCUCGCCUGUAGCACAUCACCCACCACUACAACGUAAAUAUUCACCAGCACCAAUGCAGGUAGUGGAAAGCUGCCAGCAACAUCCUUCGGAAACUCCACCUCUACCUCCAACAUCUUCGAGCUCGGUCACAACAAAUGUGCAGCGCAAUAAUGGUACUCACUCAGCUCUACCCGAUGGUGACAAGAAGACAGCUGCUGGCGGUGGCGGUGGUGGUCAAGGCAAUGGUCAGUACAAGAUAAAGCACCAGUCACCUAUACCCGAGCGCAAGCAUAUGAGCAAAGAGAAAGAAGAGGAGAGAAGGGAUUGCAAAGUGCGCAAUUACUCGCCUCAAGCCUUCAAGUUCUUUAUGGAACAGCACGUGGAGAAUGUGCUCAAGUCACACAAACAGCGGCUAUAUCGGCGCUUCCAACUUGAGACCGAGAUGCAAAAGAUUGGUUUGAGCGCUGAGGCACAAUGCCAGAUGCGCAAGAUGCUUUCACAGAAAGAAUCCAACUACAUUAGGUUGAAACGAGCCAAGAUGGAUAAGACAAUGUUCACAAAAAUCAAGCCCAUAGGUGUUGGAGCUUUCGGCGAGGUUACACUUGUGCGGAAACUCGACACUAACCAGUUCUACGCGAUGAAGACGCUACGGAAAGCCGAUGUCUUAAAUCGUAAUCAAGUAGCGCACGUGAAAGCUGAGCGAGACAUCCUUGCCGAGGCCGACAAUGAAUGGGUCGUCAAACUCUACUACUCCUUCCAAGACAAGGACAAUUUAUACUUUGUUAUGGAUUACAUACCUGGAGGCGAUCUCAUGUCGUUGCUUAUCAAGUUUGGGAUUUUUAAGGAAUCGCUCGCAAGGUUUUACAUUGCCGAGUUGACUUGCGCCGUCGAGAGCGUUCAUAAAAUGGGUUUUAUUCAUCGAGACAUCAAACCAGAUAAUAUACUCAUUGAUCGUGAUGGUCACAUCAAACUAACAGAUUUUGGGCUGUGCACGGGUUUUCGCUGGACACAUAAUUCGAAAUAUUAUCAGCAAAAUGGUCAUAGUAAACAGGAUUCAAUGGAUCCCUCUGACGACUGGAACAACGAGUGCCGCUGCCUGCAACUGAAACCGUUAGAACGACGAAGGCACAGAGAGCAUCAGCGUUGUCUCGCUCACUCACUAGUCGGUACUCCAAACUACAUUGCACCAGAAGUCCUGCAACGAACAGGCUACACACAACUGUGUGACUGGUGGAGUGUCGGCGUUAUUCUUUAUGAAAUGCUCGUGGGUUGCCCACCUUUUCUUGCUAAUACUCCUGCGGAAACGCAAUAUAAGGUAAUACACUGGGAAACGACGUUGAAUAUACCACAACAGGCCAACCUUUCGACAGAGGGUAAGGACCUGAUUCUGAAGCUGUGCGUGGGCGCUGAUCGGCGUUUAGGCAAGAACGCGAACGAGGUGAAAUCACACCCAUUCUUCGCAAGCAUUGACUUCGAAAAGGGCCUGCGUCGUCAAGUAGCGCCGCACAUACCUCGCAUACAAUACCCGACGGACACAAGUAAUUUCGAUCCGGUCGAUCCGGAAAAAUUACGCAACUCCGAGACGUCGGAUACGAGCAAGUCAGACGAGCAUCUUGACAAUGGCAAGCCUUUCCACGGUUUCUUUGAAUUUACGUUCAGGCGUUUUUUUGAUGACGGCGGUGGGCCCGCCUAUCCUAGUCGAAUCAGCCUGGACGACAAUGACAAUCAAGGGCCUGUCUACGUAUGACAUUAGGCCAAGUGACGCGCGUGCCUUCACCUCUACUUCUCUUAUACUUUAUUUCUUAUGACGCGCGGUCAGGGUAUACGUUUUGUUUUUUUCUUCUUGUCUCUUCUCUCUUUGUAGUUUCAUGGUGUCAAGGAGCCAUACCGUCGGACUUAAGUUUCGGUAUACCUAGUUGAACAGUGAGACUAAAUUUUGACAACUUCCUAUUGUAGGUUUUUUAACUUUAUUAAGCCAAAUCUUCGACAAAGUCGACAAUUGCCUUUUGGAGUUGGAAUAUUAUUAUUAUUAUUAUUAUUAUUAUUAUUAAUUAUUAUUAUUAAUUAUUAAUUAUUAAUUAUUAUUAUUAUUAUUAUUAUUAUUAUUAUUAUUAUUAUUAUUAUUAUUAUACUUAUUUAUUAUCAAUUGAAUUUGAAUAUUGUUGUUAGAAAUCGAUCUUCGCCCAAGAACAUACGUAAUUUAAAAAAUAGGAAAUAUGUCAGUCGAAGGUAUAUUUUACAAAGUGCAAGUGAAUCUAUAACUGGAACAAAAACGCCCGCGCCCUGCGAGAAAAUUUAUAAGACUUGAAUGUACGGUCAGAUUUGGGCGUAUCGACCGUGCGUGUUUGCUGAUAACGUUUUUUUUCGUCUUUUUAUAAAUACUUUAGCUUGCCAUUUAUUCGGAUCAGCUUUCAAGUACGGAGAAAGUAUGCGUGCGUUUUUUAAAAAUGUUUCAGCGAGUACUGUGAUAUUGCAGAUAAUAGCAUAAUCUAGCUUAUAGUUAUUUUUAUUUUGAACAAUUGAAACUUUCCAUAUUGGUGAGUUGGCCAAUAAGUUGGCAAUAAUUUAUGUACUAAAAUAUUCUUUGAAUCAAUUUUUAAUGCUUCAAGUGUCAGUUCUGUUUGAUAACGUUUUACAAAUUUUUUCAUCAAUUUUAUAGAAAUUUAUUAAAUUAUAUGAUGAUUAUGAAUUGUUUGAUUAAUACAACUGUUAAAUCAAUCAAGAAUUUAAACUUUCACAAUUGUAAUAUUAUCAUCAAGAUAAUUCGUCUUCUCACGUAGAAUGUAAUGUAUUAAUUGCAUAUCGUACACUGCAGCUUUUCUUUACUUUGAAACGUUCAUUUCCUUUUCUCGUAAACGCCUACUUGCUCCGCACUAGCAGUAUACAAUAUUUUAUAUAUAUAUGUAUAUAUGUGUAUGUGUAUAUAUAUGUAUAUACACAUAUACAGACGGAGAGACACUUUGAGUGUGAUGUUUAGUAUAACAUGAAUAGGUCUUUCAUUUAAGAUCUUAUGAGACAGCUGAGGAAACGAAGACAAGUAAAAAAAAAGUCUUCGGUUUCCUUGUGUUAGAUUUGUAAUAAAUUAUACUGUUGCAAUACCUUAUUUAUUAAAACCAAUCAUGUAAAAAGUAUUGAAACAAUUGCAUGCUAAGUAACGAAGGGCAGUUGUCUGACUCAUAGUUAUUGUGUUCUGAAAAUCCCGUACAAUAUAGAACAUUUUUUUAAUCGUGUUAAAUGCGUCUUUUUCACGUUAUCGCGGAAUGAUUCACUUUGAGCUUCUUUGUGGUCAAUGGUUCAUUUUUUUUUAAUUAUCAGUUAUUUAUGGCUUAUUAUGCGAAAUCAAGCAUGAUGAGACAUGUAAAUGAGAUGUGCACCAUUAAAAUAAUAAAUUACAAGAUGAUAAAAGCGUUAUUCAAAUUAAGAUAGCAUGUGUGUGCCUUGAAAGAAAAGUGUUAAAGUGCCUUCAAUCAAUUUCACUCGAAACGUCACGUUCUAUCUUUUAAAUGAAAUUUAGAUUUUUAUUCUUGAUAAUAAUUGGAUGUGUUCUUGUAAAGAAAACACAAGAUGUCGAAUUUUUAUCGUUUGUAUGUACUAUGUACAAAAAAAUUAUAAAAUUGAGUACUCCGUACGCGAAUAUGUAUAUUAUAUAUAAAUAAAAUAUUUAAUUUUAGAGGGAGAGGGGGGAAUUAUCGAAAAAUAACGAUGAUUGUUCAAACGAAAGAGAAAAUUAGUUUUCGUUGUGCUCCGAAAACAUACAAAUGAGAAACUAAAAAGGUGCAAAAUACUAAUUAAUUUAGAGCAUCAUUCAAUUUUGUAGUCCCGACUAAUUUAUAAAUAAAUUAUAGCCGAUUGACAAUCCAGUGAAAAAAAAGCAAAUACCUGUGGGAAAUUAAAAAGGACCUGCAUUUAUAUUAUUCAAUCGAUUAUGUGCCAAGACUGUAUGGCAAUUUUCGAUGCUUGUUAUUUGUGCUACUGAGAGAAUACUUUUGAUUCUCGGGACUGUUGAAAAUGUUGCCUGCAAUUUUUUUUAAUGACGAACAAACAUCAUAUAGCUGCCUUGUGGAGGAACUGCAAUUUCGUAGGUUCAUUAUGACUUCGCGUACUACGAAAUUAAAUGUUCUUGUCGCUCUUCAAUACAAACAAUCGAACGAAGCAGUAAAACGUAUCGAGUUUGUUUUUUGUUAACGAGAGUCAUAGCGAGCGAAGCGAAUAUUGUAAUGUUAUCGACAGAAUUUUUUUCAGAAACUUUUCCCAAAGUCGCUUGAUACGUUGAACUGCUUGGUUUUAGAACCUUUAUUAAGAAAUCACACGAAUGCAUAUAAAAAUGAAAACGCGCGAGUGAUAGUAAAAAUAGAGUGCGAGUGAGAUCUGUUUUACGACGCAUCUACAUGAAAUAAAUAAACAACCGUGCGUUGCGAAAUCAAGUGUCAAUUCUAUAUGUACAUUUUUUAAAUAUCUCCUUCCCAAUUGUAAUUAAUUCAAAGUAAACGGUAGCGAGAGAUUAGUAAAAAUUAAGCUUAGUUUUUUAAGUCUCUUAUAAUAUAUUACCGAACUUGUAUAAAUAUUUUGGAUGAGUGUUCUAAAUUAAAAGUA